AGUCGAUUGGUAGCUGACCAACGAAAACAAACGUUCGGAGGAGACGGUGUGCUCUGUCUAUCAGUAUACACCGUGCCUCAUAAGCACCCAGUAGGCGAGUGACAAACCGUGCGCUCACACUUUGCCAUCCAGCCAGAUACAGAGAAGCAAUGGGAGACGAUAACUGAGGCAACCACAAAGAGAUAUACACUGAGACCGACUAUGGCUGUGGACGCUGCGUCCAGCUUCAGGUUCUGCCGUGCAUCCCUGGAGCAAACCGUUUCUGCAGAGGAGCUAAGCUACCAACUGCCUCGCCGGCCAGGGUCUAGUCUCACCUGGCAUGAUGGGAGGGGACAGAUGAACACGUACACACGUGCCGUCAAACUACUGCAGCAACCUGGCUCAAAGGGCAUACAGCUGCAUCCAGGAGAAGCCUUCACUGUGUACCACACCAGCCCUACGCUGUCCAGUCUGUCCAAACCAGUGGUGCUGUGGACCCAACAGGACGUCUGCAAGUGGCUAAAGAAACACUGUCCACACAACUACCUAACCUAUGUAGAAACCUUCUCCCACCACGCUAUCACAGGUCGUGCAUUGCUGAGGUUGAACGGGGAGAAGUUGGAGAGGAUGGGCAUCGUCCAGGAGACACUGAGACAGGAGGUUCUACAGCAGGUCCUUCAGCUACAAGUCAGAGAAGAGGUCCGCAACCUGCAGCUGCUCAGCAGAGCCUCCUUCGGAAACCUUUCUUAGCUCGAUCCCUUUCUCCUCCGCUGAAACAAUACGUCACCAGUAGCUAUGGUAGGACCUGCUCGCUCCAGAUAUGUGACAGCAGAACUGGGCUGUAAAAGGAGAGAACUGAAGAGGGGAGAGAACGAAAGAGAGGAGAGAACUGAAGAGGGGAGAGAACGGAAGAGGGGGGAGAGAACGAAAGAGAGGAGAGAACUGAAGAGGGGAGAGAACUGAAGAGAGGAGAGAACGGAAGAGGGGAGAGAACUGAAGAGAGGAGAGAAUGGAAGAGGGGGAGAGAAGAGUCUAUUUUCUACAUGACAAACAGACUGAAGGAUGAUUCCCAUUCAACAAGGCCAAACUGGUUUAAACGAGGAGCGACGGAGUGGGAGAGAAAGAGACAGUGAACUGCUGAAUAAAGGAGCACAGACUGUGACAUAGAGAAAAGAUGUAUGAACUGACGUUGACAUUGUAGACAAAUCAAUUUGUCAAAUCAAAGUUAUAUUAUUAUAACUACAUGAGGUUCUUGGCUUCUUCUUUCAUUGUGGGUGCAGGGAUGAGAACUAUUACUGAUCAAUCAAUGUAGUACAUUACAGUGGGUGGCUCAUUCCAAGAUGGGUGGAAAGGAAAUGGGAAACCGAAUGUCAAUGUCUCUGUAUGAUACUCACAACCCUGUUCACAAUGUAUCUUUUCUUCUCAGGAUUUUCAUUUUGGAAUAUGUAUAUCGUUUUGAUAGAUCUAAUUCAUACAGUAUAACGUACAUCAUUGCCUACGUGAGCACUCUCUCCCCAAAUCAUAUUCUCUUCCUUUCUUCUAUAAAGCUGUGUCAUGACGAUGUACAGAAUGUCACCCUCCCAGAUCAUCUCUUUGUACUGUCGAUGAACCAUGUCUAUGACAAACAUAUAUAUUUGAACGUUCUAGAGUAACAUAAUCUGUAGAGCUGAAUAUAAUGUAGAUCUAUCUAUACAUUUAGUGUUUUAUCAACAGAGGGAAUUGAAAGAACAUGCUAUGAUUUGGUGUACAUGUUUUGAUAAAGCCAUCAUCAGGUACAGGGUGUAGCUGGCCAGAAUUUUCUAGCAGUAUGAGUCAAAUGCCUACAUCUCCCAUGAUGCAGUAAUAGUAUACUGUAGUCGCCACUCUAUUGUGUAAAAAUAAUAUUUAUCCUACGUAUAUUUUGUGUAUUUUCCCCUAAUAUCAGGAGUACAAAACGCUAGUCCUUGAGGGCUAUCCUGCUGGUUUUCUCUGUCAAUUCAAUUCAAUUCAAGGGCUUUAUUGGCAUGGGAAACAUGUGUUAACAUUGCCAAAGCAAGUGAGGUAGAUAAUAUAUAAAGUUAAUAUAUAAAGUGAAAUAAACAAUAAAAAUGAACAGUAAACAUUACACAUACAGAAGUUUCAAAACAAUAAAGACAUUACAAAUGUCAUAUUAUAUAUACAGUGUUUUAACAAUGUACAAAUGGUUAAAGGACACAAGAUAAAAUAAAUAAGCAUAAA